GGAACUUCGUGUAUUAUACCGGUUAUUUAUAUAGAUAUAAUCUGAUUACCUUAGGCCAGAAACUUUGUAGGUUCAUGUUCUAGCAGUAGAUUAGCAGAAUGCUGUUGACUGCCUUAGCUGUACUAUUUGCAUUAACAGGAUGUCAAGCCAGACUGAGUGUGAGUGGGACCAAUCUAAAUUACAACGGACAUCACAUAUUUCUAUCUGGUGCCAAUCAAGCGUGGGUCAACUAUGCACGCGACUUUGGCCAUAACCAAUACAGCAAAGGAAAAUCAACUUUUGAAUCAACACUGAGUGACAUACAGAGCCAUGGUGGAAAUUCUGUCAGAGUGUGGCUGCAUAUUGAAGGGGAAUCAACACCCGAGUUUGACAACAAUGGAUACGUAACUGGUAUAGACAAUACAUUGAUCAGUGACAUGAGGGCUUAUCUUCAGGCUGCCCAGAGACAUAAUAUUUUAAUCUUCUUUACUCUCUGGAACGGUGCCGUAAAACAGAGUACACAUUAUCGUCUAAAUGGACUCAUUGUUGAUACACGAAAACUUCAGUCAUACAUAGACCAUGCUCUCAAACCAAUGGCUAACGCUUUGAAAAAUGAAAAGGCCCUGGGAGGAUGGGAUAUAAUGAAUGAACCCGAGGGUGAAAUUAAACCAGGCGAAAGCAGUUCCGAGCCUUGUUUUGACACAAGACAUUUAUCAGGAUCUGGUGCAGGAUGGGUUGGACAUUUAUAUAGUGCUCAGGAGAUCGGCAGAUUUGUGAACUGGCAAGCAGCAGCUAUCAAGGAGGUUGACCCAGGAGCAAUGGUUACAGUUGGAUCAUGGAACAUGAAAGCUGACACUGAUGCCAUGGGAUUUCAUAACUUGUAUAGUGAUCACUGUCUUGUCAAAGCAGGAGGAAAGCAAAGCGGCACUCUGUCGUUUUAUCAAGUUCAUACCUACGACUGGCAAAAUCAUUUUGGGAAUGAAUCUCCUUUCAAACAUUCAUUUUCCAACUUCCGACUUAAAAAGCCUAUGGUAAUUGGCGAAUUCAAUCAAGAACACGGUGCUGGUAUGUCGAGUGAAUCCAUGUUUGAAUGGGCAUAUACAAAAGGUUAUUCCGGUGCCUGGACUUGGAGCAGGACUGAUGUCAGCUGGAAUAAUCAACUACGCGGAAUACAGCAUCUGAAAUCUAGAACUGACCACGGACAAGUUCAUUUUGGUCUUUAAUAAAAACUCCAUAACAUUUC